AUGGCAUCCAGCUCAUCUGCUUUAUUAAACGAUGAUAUCGACAAAGUCUCUAUCCAUGACCACCUUGAUAUGAGAACUGAAGAAGAAAAGUUAUUCGGCCCUCCUUUUGCUUACUACAAAAAGAAGAAGGCACCUUUGAACUUCAAUUUGGUUAUUGCUGGUGUUGUUUUCGUUAUUGUUGCCGCUACUGACUUCUUAUUAGCUACAAAUAUUGUCAUUUAUGUCAGAACUCUAAAUCCAAACUCAACCAAAGAUGCUGUUAGACACACUGCUGUUGUUUUAAUGUCAUUGGCUUUAAUUUGGGUCACUUAUAGAUUCUCUGUUUGGUAUGUCAAGAAAUUUAAGAUUAGAGAUAGUUUGAAACAAAAUAAACUAUACCAAAGAAUUGCUAAUGAAGUGAUAGAGAUGGAGAACCUAUUGGAAAACCCAGGUGAAAAUGAUAAAAGAGAUUAG